AUGGACCAGGUGCAGGCGAGGGCUCGUUUGGUCGGACCUUCGGCUCCUCUGACCGAGCUCGAGGCAGAAUAUGCCGAAAAUCCGGCUUUCCUUGCAAAGGUGAAGAGCUUGGAAGAAAGGUUCUCGAGCUUUCGCAGAACUUCCCCUGAUGGAAACUGCUUCUACCUGGCUUAUCUUUUUGGCAUCUUCGAGCAGUUGGCUGGCAACAAGGAGCGACUUGCCGCUUUUGCCAGCCACCUGAAGGGGGCAUUAGAUUUCUGCAUUGGGGCAGGCUACGAGAAGGUUGCCAUCGAAGAUUUCCACGAGGAGUUCAUGGCAAGCAUCGAGCGACUUGGCGAUGGCUCUACUGCAGAGGCUGUUAUGGAGGAGAGCAGCGAUGCUCUUGUUUGUUGGACUCGAGUCCUUACGUCAGCUUCUCUGAAACAGCGAGCAGAGGAGCUUGGUGGGUUCCUGACAUCGCACUCGUCUAUCCAUCAAUUCUGCGCGCAGGAGGUGGAUCCAAUGAACACUGAAGCAGAUCAUCUCCAGAUACUUGCACUUUCGGCGCAUCUGUCAGUGCCUGUCACUGUUGUUUACUUGGACCGAUCUGCUGGCGCGGCUGCUGCCGAACAUGGGUUUGCACAUGACACAAGCCUUCCGUUUUCGCCUGUGUACUUGCUCUACCGCACUACGAUGUACUUUAUCUCCACAGUGGACCAACGUCGUGAUGCUUCGGGAAAAGUUACCAACGCGCAUCUUCGUUGGGGCGAUGCUGCGGCAGAAGAGGAAGCUCGUGGGCUACGACAGCCAACAGAGGAUCAGAUUCGUCAGAUGGAAUCCUGGAAGGCCAAGCGCAACACCGUGAUCCAUACUUUGAGCGACACAGGGCUGGUCUUGAUGCUGUACUACUCGCGAGAUCGUGACGAAAUCUUCGUUCGAAUGGCUGCUGAUCCACAGCAUCUUCGGCAGGUUGCAGAGAUGAUUCGGUAUCAACUGGAGUUGAAGCCGCAGUAUUUGUCGGCAUUUGCGGAUUACAAAAACGACUACGCAGGCAGACGUGAUAUGAAUUAUCGUGACCGCUGCGUUGUUUCGCACUUGUACGAGACGCAUGCCGACAAGGAGAAGGAGGGAGACUACCCGCAAAAAGAUGCAAUCUUCCGCACGGUGGAUCGGCUACGUCUCAUCGAUCACAUUGUGCGCAGUGGUGAUCGAAGCUGCGCUGGCAUUGAUGUUGGGCAGCUGUUGCACGAUGGCGACCUGAUCCACUACUUCCCGCUACACGAGCAAGGAAAGCUGCAGGACAUGGACAAAGAUUGGUUCAAGACCUUCGUCAUCGGACGCAACAUCUACAAGGUCAGGGACUAUUUCGGUGAGCGCAUUGCGCUGUACUUCCUUUUCAUGUCUCACUUCAUCAAAUGGAUGGUGAUACCGACUUUAAUCGGCUGCUUCUGCUGCGUGCUUGACCUCUUCAUGGGGACGCCCAACAACUGGACGGCGAUGUUCCUUUGCAUCGGCGUCGGACUCUUCUCAACAACCUUCAUACACUUCUGGCGAAGAAAGUCCAAUCUCUAUGCUCUGAAGUGGGGGACGUUUUCCAUGAAAAAGAAGCCUGAACCAACCAGACCAGAAUUCUAUGGCGUAAGCCGGAUCAACCCCAUCACCAGCAGAGUCGACAGGUUCUACCCGUGGAGCGAGCGGAUAUGGAAAGUCCUUUUCAGCUAUUCUGUGAUUACGGUGUCCCUCAUCGCUCUCUUUUUCGUGGUCGGCAUUCUCAUGGUUCUCCGCCACAUUUUCCACAAGAAUGGUGGACGGAUCACUUUCCAGGUCAUCAAUGCGCUGAUCGUGGAGCUGUUGAAUACCCUCUUCACAAGCCUUGCAAACUGGCUCACGGACAGGGAGAAUCAUCGCUCCUAUUCAGAACAUGCAAACCACCUACUGGCCAAGAUGGUGGUUUUCAAGUUCAUCAACUGCUACGUGUCGCUGUACUAUAUUGCCUUCUUGAAGGCGCAUUCUUAUCUUUUUGGGAUGCCAAUGACAUGCGUCAACGACGAUUGUCUCAACGACUUGGGCUCACAGCUUGCAAUUUUCAUGAUCAUGAGGCUGACCGUGCAAAACAUGAUCGAACUGGGUGCUCCGUAUGCAGUCAUGUAUUACAGAGAGUACACAGAAGGAAACACCUUCAAGACCUCUCUCUUCACGAAUCCGAUGACGAUCAUGCCAGAUCUAUCCAGUCCAGAGAAGCAGAGCAAAAAGGAGGAUUAUGAUGUGUACCAGGACAUGGAUGAGGUGUUGAUCCUCUACGGCUACACCGUGCUCUUUGUCGUCGCUUGUCCGUGGAUUCCCCUGAUCACAAUGAUCAGCCUUGUUCUGGAGUGCUUCAUGGAUCAGAAGAAGCUGGUACUUCUUUUUCGCAGGCCUUUCCCAUCACCAGCUUCGAACAAUGAGCCCUGGGACACGGCCUUCGAUGUAUUCGGCAUGAUUGCAAUGGCUACGAACACUGCUGUCGUCGUCUUUGCUUCGAACGUCUUCGUCAGCUGGAGUCACCACCACAAGAUCCUGCUGUUUCUGGUCGUGGAGCACUGCAUGAUUGCAUUCAGGAUACUUAUGUCCACGCUUUUCCCUGCCGUUCCCUGGGAGGUGCGGAUGCUGGCCAUGCAGCAGCAGGUCAUGGUCCACAGGCACUUGAAUCUUGGUGGGGAAGAGGAUGACCACGAAACACGAGCGAGUGCAAUGAUGGCAACUGCACAGCCUCCUCCGCUUGUACAUGACGCUGAUGAGGAGGAGUGCUGUAGUACUGGUACACCUGACUUUUUGCGGCACGCCGGGCGCUUGGCGAGUCUUGAGCUGAAACCUGGCACAUCUGGCAUGGGCCAAGGACAUCUGAUGCAAAACAGCAGAAACGGAUGUUGGGGCAUUUCACCUUGA